AUGGAUUGCUUGGUUUUUCCCAUUUCGAUUCUGCUAAAGCGCUCACGCUUGGCAUAUCACCCUCUCACACAAGAAGCUGGCUGCUUGGAACCGGUCACCGUGGUGGUGGGGAAGGAGAAGAGAGAGUUUCUGGUGGACCCUUUUGUGUUAGAAGAAAACCCUUUUAGGGUUUUGAUUGAUACAGUCAUGAAGAAGAAGGAGGGCUAUGAUAAUAUUGAUGAAACAAAGAGCGAAAAGAGAGUUGUAUUAGUGGGUGUAGAUGCAAUUUUGUUUGAGCAUAUGUUGUGGUUGCUGUACAGUGAUUGUUCUUCUUUGUUUCAGCUUAAUAUCAGAGAGAUUAUUGACUUCUACACUCAUGAUUAUUAG